AUGGCCAGCGAAAAUGUGACGGCCACGAGGUCUGCCGAUCAUGUCGUAUACACAAUAAGUCUUGCAUUUACCCUGAACCCCAGGACAAUGCCGUCACAAAUCGGCAAUUCUUCAAUCACCAGGCAGGAGAGCAUUCUGGAAUCUCAAACCCACCAGAUGACGCAAAUGUGCCAACAGCUGGACGCGCUCGUGGGAAGAUUCAAUGAAACCAUGACUACGCUGGAGCAGAUGAUAAGAGACCGAUCUGGCCCGCAAUUCUCGGGCGUUGAUGCUGCUGCAAUUGAUACGUUUGGACAGACUUUGUACGGGGGUUUGGCGCAGCCCGCCGUCGCAAGUUCUCCUUCCGCCCCAGAAAAUGAUGGGUCCCUCCAGAAUACGAUGUUGCAGAAUGGCCAGGAGGAUAAGGAGGACGACGAUGCCGUCCUCAGUCCUGAAGAAGGUGCCGACCGGCCAGCUGAAACCUCGGCCGCUGGUCGAUUGGCGGUGGACUCCUACGGACGGCUCAGAUUUGUCUGGGGAGUCUCGAAUAUGGCUAUGAUGGAAAUUCUGCAAGGUUCAGUCACCCAAGAGGGCAGCCAUAUCGGUGCUUUUCCAUCUUCCACUUCCACUCGCAGAGGGGUGACCGGGCACCCGUUUUUCAUCACGGGUCGGAAGUGGGCUUCUCUACCGUUCCUCCCUAAGCCAGAGCAGUUGAGCUUACCUCCCACCUACAUGUCGGAUUUGCUGCUACGCAUCUACUUUGACCAGAUCCACUAUACGUUACCAGUGCUGAACAAGAAUAACUUCUUGGCCCAGUACAAGGAUCUUGUCGUUGGCCGACAGCAGCAGAGAGAUAAUGUGGGCUUUCUGGCCGUGUUCCAUGCGGUAUGCGCAUGCGCAUCGGGUCUGCUGCUCAAAGAGCGCUCCCCGACAGCCUCAUUCCCAGGCAUCGACCACUAUGAGAAAGCCACGCUGCUGCAGCUUUCAUUGGCGGGGGAGGCUUGUAUAGAACAGGUUCAGUGCCUUGCACUUCUCUCUUUUUGUGUCUCUGGCUGGAACACUCUGUCUCAUGCCUGGACGUUGGCAGGGCAGGCUGUGAGAGCUGCUCAAGAGCUUGGCUUUCAUCAAGGAACACCAGGCGGCAGGGCAAAAGACGUCGAAGAAGAAGUGAACCACCGCAUCUGGUGGAGUGUCUAUCUGACGCCCUUAAGGGUGCUGUCCAUGUGCCUCGGGCGCCCUAUGGCUCUUAACGACAGAGACUGCAGUUGUGCCCUGCCGCUCAGUGUCAAUGACGAAGAUCUAGUCGAAUUCCUUUCCACCACAUCACCGAGCCAAGCAUCCGAGGCAUCUUCAUCAAUGGCGGGAUUUCUCAUCAUCUGCAGGCUUUGCCAGAUGAUCGGAGAAGUCGGCAAUCUGGUGAAUUGGGUCCAAUUCCAUCACUGGAUUCCCAACCAGAGUAGAAUCUUGAGGAUCCAUUCUUACAUGCAAACGCCAGGGCGAAGUUGGCCGUCGUGGGUCCGGAUAGUAGCUGACACCAUCCAAUACUCUGUGCACCAUACUAACGGCGGAAUCGACCUGACCUUGUGCGUGGUUGCAUCCAUCCUGCACUCAGGGGCUUUGAUGACUCUCCACUGGCCCCUCAUCAACAUCAAACAGGCGGGAGACGAAUCCUUUUUCGAAUCUUCACGGCUGCGUUGUGUCACGGCGGCUCAAAAUUGCAUUCGAGUUGCAGAAAUGGUCCGCGACAAUGUCUCGCCGUCCCAUUAUCUAGCCUUUUGCAUCCAUCAUCUGGCUCUGUCCGGGAUCAUCUUAUUGCGGCUAUCGAGGGCUCCGCAGUUCGAAUUUAUCACCGACAUCGAGGCAUGUAUUCGGAUCCUGGGGAACCUUGAACCUAUCUGGUCUGGCGCACAGAGAAGCAAAGAGAUCAUUCAGGAACUCUACCGGAAAGUCACGAUUCCAGAUACCAGCCUGCAGUACGAGACAGGCCACGGGCGUACCAGCGGUGGGCUUGGGCUCUAUCAUAACGGAAUCGGGUUUGAAGAUAGCAGGAUCCUGUCUACGUGGUUUGAAGGCCACGUUGAUUUUGCCUCUAGUGAGGAGCUGCUACGGGACCUAUUUCCAUAA